AUGUCGGCGGCUUCCCCCGUGUCGGCUCAACCCGCAGUACCGUCAUCGCUUCUGUGGGCGCACAUUCUCCAGCGCCCGCGACCGCCAACGGCCCCACCUCCUCGUGCGGACUUGACGCCGGCGGACAAGGCCAAGGCGGCGACGCGCAUCCUCCUACACGACACCCAGUCCCGGCUCGAAACAUUCGCCAAGACAGCAGAGGGUCUACUGAACGAGACAAGGCGAGCACGCGUGGAGGUCGAGCGAGUGCGCGAGGAGUGCGCGGGCGCUGGGGAGAAGACGGUGGACGAGGUCGUCGGUGCCGUGAAUCGCGCACAAGGGCUCAUCACGAAAGCUGUAGGAGAGCCGGCGCAGGCGAAGAGCGUCGAGACGCUGGCCGCGAACGUUGCCGGGCUGGGCAAGCUCGUCGACGCGCAGACGCACAUCCUCACCGCCAUUCAGUCCUCAAUAAGCAUAAUUGUGGAGCAGCAUGCCCGAGCACAAGACCGGCACGCGCAGACGCUGGCUACCCUCGCGCCGUUGCUCGCUCUGCCCGCCGCCGUUGACGCGCUCUCCCUUCGCCUGGACAGGGUGUCGUCGAUGCACCACAACUCUUCCCCGCGCAGCGCUACAUCGAGCGAUCAUCCGAGCUCGUCUGUCGGUGCCAACUCGUCCUCAUCACCCAAACGCGCGCACCACCUUGUGGAUCCCGCUGCCCUGAGCCCCGCCAAGCGACGCAAGCUCGACGGCGCGUCGUCCGCGCGCACGUCUUCCAAUGCUUCUUCGACCACUCGACGCGACGUCGAUGCCAUCUUCCCGCUUCCGCCCUCUGCUCAGCGCCCGCGCAGCCGACACAGCUCCGUCGCAUCAAUGCGCGCGCAUACAAGCACCGCAUCCUCCAAACCUGCCCACCACAUGACGACUACCUCAUCCGCUCACGCGCGCACAAACUCUUCUUCUUCGGCCCGCGCGCAUAUAGUCGUAUCGUCUGGCUUACCCUCGACGUCGGCCAUGUUUGAGACACCGCAGCGCAAUCGCCCGCCGGCGCUUCUGCCCCCCAGUUCAACGAUGCGGGCGCCUAACUCGGCAAUUCGUCCUCCCGGCUCGGCUGCACGGGCGCUUCCGUCCACCUCCCUCGUGCUCUCCGCGUCUAGACCGCCACGCGCGGCCUCGUUCCUCACACCCUCAAGCCCACCACAAGCCCGCGCCUCGAGCCCGCUGGCGCAUACAGCCCAACGAGCGCCCACGCCUCUUGUCGCGACUUUUUCGACCGCGCCGCUACCCCCCAAGACGCUGCCGACUGUCCGGAUCACUCCUCGCCGUGGACUCACGGGCCCGGGUAUGCCUCCUCCGCCGCGCCAGUCGACGCCCAAGCCGCCCUCAUCCCCGAUCGACCCUCUCCACGGCGCGAUUUCUCCGCCUCGCUCAACGGCCGUCCCUCGUGAAGCCGUGCAGGCUGCGCUCGAGAUGGGACCGUCGACGUCUUCCAACCUGUCUAUCUUGAUCGGCAAGGAUGGGGGUGAAGAGGACGAAGAGCCGUUGAUGCUUCUUGGGUCGCCUGUAAGGCCCCAGGACGGGAGGAGGUGGAUUGAUGUUGGGGAUAGUGAGGACGAGGAGGGAUGA